AUGUCAAACGUAGUCUAUAAGUACAACAACCCUGACGGACUAGGAACACCCACAGUUGACAACAUAACUCAGCUGGCACCUAGUGGUUCGGAUCAGAAAGAUGCACCAACAAUUUGGCAGCUUUACAUGCGUGGCGCUAAUUCCUACGAUCAAGACCUUAUAAAGGACAUAAAUAAUACUGUCGACGUUCUGCUCAUAUUUGCCGGCCUCUUCUCUGCAGUUCUCACUGGGAUCAUUCAGGUGACGUAUCCAAGACUUCAGCCAGACUCUGGGGCCGUACCUUCGUAUGCGACCGCCGUCAAUGGGCUCCUCUUUACUAGCCUCUUCAUCAGCAUCUUUGUCGCAUUUCUGGGAAUCCUUGUCAAGCAAUGGACAUACAGCUACCGAUAUAAUCUUGACGGUGUCUCUUCCAUCCAGCAUCGCGGUCGUAUCCGCCAUUAUCGAUAUGCUGGAGCCAAAAAAUGGAAGCUAUCCAGUUUCGUGACAUUUCUUACUAUAUUUAUGCAUAUUUCUCUGCUCAUUUCCGCUAUUGGAGUUCUCCGCCUUUUGGUUGCCACUGCUCCAGCAAUCGCACCCUGGCCGAUCACCAUCUUCGUGAUCGGGAUGAUCAUUUUCCUUGCCACCAUUCUAAUCUCCGUCCUCAAACUAGACUCUCCAUUCCAGACGCCUCUGUCCAGAUUUCUUACCUCCCUCGUGAGGGGGAUUUAUCCAUCUGCGCACGUCAAGAAGGACGAAGAGAAUAAUGGAAGCGGCCUUGUAAACGACACUAAGCAAGUCCUCAGGAAAGAGACAAUGGAGGCCCAUAUCACGCGCUGGCGGCUCCGCCUUGACUUCGACAUGAUCGUUCAUCUAUUGAGACAUGCGGACAAGUCGACCGAACGUGCUAUCCUUGAAAAAUGCUUCGAAGCUCUGCCAAUUCUUACCCUACUAGGCCGUAACCAACCUAGUCUGAUCCUCGAAAACGACAUUAUUCCAGAGAAUUAUAUAUUCCUUGCUGAAAGCUGCCUAUCCACCGACAAACCUGUCGUGAAAUUGGUCAAACCCAUCAGAUCAAAGCUUUUGUGUGUGUUUCUACGAUGGUACCUCUCUCUCGAACGAGGGGCACUCCGCGAUACUCUUAAAAAAAGAUUAACGCAUGACAAUUUCGAUCUCAAAAGGUUACCGACCAACCUGACGAAUCAUGAUGAUGAGGGAUAUCGUGCUCUGGGAUAUUCUGCACUUGAGCGGGUCGAGCACCUGCUUGAUGAAAAGGAUGAGAAGUCCGAAGGCCUCAAUUGCAAGCGUUGCAUGGACAGACUCGGGAUUAUCAAAGGCAAACCGCCGAGUCGCGAGGACAUGGUGAGGGACAUAACCAAUUUUAUCAUAGGAUUCUCCGACUGUCUCCUUGCCUGGGAUCAAACUGGUGACAGGAACCAGAAAGCCACUGCGGAUCUUGGCAAACGGUGUCAAGACGCACUGGAGACUCUCGAGACCAUAUUGCCGUCCCCAGGGCCUCCUCCGAGUGGAGAUAUGGCGUACGUUCCAUGGCACGACGAGAAAAAAGUUUGGGAAGCAGCACUGAAGCUCACACGGGACGCGACCGAGGAACUCGAGACGAUGUGGUUCAGGCCUUUGAUGAAACUCAUCAAAGCUGUCCGUAGUGUUGCGCCACCCUCGCCGUUUGCUGUUUCAGGACAAAGCAGCCAGCAAUCUAAUCAACCUGCGGGUGCCGGGCAACCUCUUACCCCGAGUUCGAUGAGCUCUCAGCAGCCUGCGACAGUGCUCCAUAACGCGCAGACAGCUUCGAGCUCCUCUGGUUAUUUGCCAACCCCUUGA